AUGGCGCGCGCGACGGCGUGCGCGUGCUGCGCGCGCGCGACGUGCGCGACGCAGACCCUGGAUGAGAUCGCGUUCGACCGCUCGGCGUGCGGCGCGGCGGCGCGCGGCGACGUCGAGGCGCUGCGCGAGGCGCUCGCGCGACGGCCGGCGAGCGCGGACGAGGACGGGACGACGACGAACGCGUCGGGGUACACGCCGCUGCAUCACGCCGCGCGACGAGGGUGCGCGAGGUGCGUGAAGGCGUGCCUCGAGUUAGGGUGCGACGCGCGCGCGACGACGCGGGCGGGACGAGGGACGGCGCUGCACAAGGCGUGCGCGGGGGGGCGAGGCGAGGCGUGCGCGGCGCUGCUCGAGGGAGGGAGCGACGCCGAGGCGAGGGACGCGGACGGGGAGAACGCGCUGCACAAAGCGUGCGCGAGCGGGGAAUUGGCGUGCGUGCGAGCGGUGUUCGCGCACGUCGGGAUGGGGGGGCGGUGGGAGAGGAUGAACGCGGCGAGGGAUCGACGCGGACGCGCGCCGAGAGACGCGGCGGCGACGGAGGCGAUUCGGGCGUUCAUCGACGAACGGUCGACGGCGGUGGACGAGCGCGACGCGGCGUUAGUUAUACACACAUACUAG